AUGUUUGUCGUCGAUAACUCUAAGUCAAGUGAUGAUCUCUCAACCAGACCAGGACCUUCAAUCCAUCGGCCAUGUGUGCCAUCAAGACCGAAACAAAAGAAAGUUCCUCCAAUCAACCAGCUUGAACUCGAACUGCUUCAACAGCGAAUCCGUCACCGUCUUCCCAACGUGGUACGCCGGUACUUCCUCCAAUGCGGAAGUGUUGGCAUACACCGGUACUUCCCGACGUGGUAUGUCGGUACUUCCUCCAACACGGAAGUACCAACAUUGGAGAAAGUAUCGGAGUACACCGUCUUCCCGACGUUGGAUUUGCUGCAAUUCCCGCAGCAACAAGUACCGGCGUACCACAAUUACUCCGGGAAUGUUCGGUCAAGUUGCCAGUCUCCAACGAGGAUUCCAAUCAUCAGAAAUUUUCACCCACUUGGCACGCUUCCCCACCGCUCUCUCAAGGCCCUGUCUCAAAAGUAUGGGCCGCUCAUGCUAUUGCAUUUGGGCAGUGUCCCUCUGCUCGUCGUUUCCACCAUAGAGAUGUCUAUGGAGAUCACUAAGACCCAAGAUAAUAACUUUGCAACUAGGCCUUCUACAACUGCUGCAAAGAAGCUUCUUUAUGGCUGCAAUGACUUGGGGUUUGCACCUUACGGCAAGUACUGGAGACAGAUGAAGAAGAUGUCUGUUCUCCGCCUCUUGAGCGUCAAGAGAGUGCAGUCAUUCAGAUUUAUAAGGGAAGAAGAGGUUGCUCUUUUGAUCGAGAAUAUAUCUCACUUAUGUCAGUUGCGCAACUCAAUUAAUCUAAGCGAGUUACUUACCAUUCUAUCCAAUAACUUGAUUUCUAGAGCUGCUUUCGGUAGCAAGUUUGAAGAAGAAGAUGAUAAUAGCAGACGGAUCGGGCCUUUGACAAGGGAGGUAAUGCCACUAUUGGGAAUGUUUAGUGUUCAGGAUUUCUUCCCUUAG